AUGGAUGAACCUAUUGAAAAUCUCAAAGCAACAGUCAUUAAGUCUAUUGUGUAUGGAAAUGUAUCGCGUUACCUGGGUAAAAAACGGGAUGAAGAUGGUCGGACUCAUCAAUGGACAGCAUUUCUGCGCCCAUGCGCAUCAGGCGAAGACCUUUCUACUUACAUAAAAAGGGUUCAAUUUAAGCUUCAUGAUAGCUACACCAACCCUGUGCGCAUAUUAAAUAAGCCGCCAUUUGAAUUAACAGAGACCGGUUGGGGGGAAUUUGAUAUUAUUAUGAAAGUCUUUUUUACAGAUUCGAAUGAAAAACCCUUGAUUAUUACUCAUCUAAUCAAAUUAUUUCAUUGCGAUCACGAGAUAAUGAUGGGCCACAAAAGUCUUGUCCGUGAGAUCUAUGAUGAGAUUGUGUUUGUUGAUCCUUCACCUUCCUUCUAUCGUGCUUUGACAAGUUCUGCUUCAAGCCAUCCAUGCUCACAAAUUCCUUGUAUAUUCCACGAAACAGAUUUUAUUUCCGCUAAAAGACAAGCACUGGAGCAAAUACAAAAUUUAAAUGACAAAGUCACAAAUGCGAUUGAAGUAUAUCGGGAGAAUUUGAGGGAAAAAAAGGAUAUUGUUGACGAAGUUCGUGCUAUUAUUGAAGGUAUUGAGACAGCGACUCUUGGCCCCACUGUCAAUUGA